AAAGCUCGUGGAAUCAUUUCACCCUUGUUUAUGAAAUGUUAAACAAGAACAAACGAUGCUCGCAAGCGUUGCGAGCGUUAAGUGGAACACAGCCUGUGCCUACUAAUAGCGCAAAACGUUACUACGCAGCCACAGAGAAAAGUCUACUGCCAGUUGUAAUGGAAGAAACAUAGAAAUCCACCAUGCUGUCAGUGCUGAAAAAAACUACAGUUCACGUAGCGAUAACUAUAGAUUUUUAAUACUGGCAAUAGUGGCAGUGUAUAUCGGAACACGGCCCUCUUUUUUUACGAAAAGCUGUUAGCGCGAGAGAUGUGUGGGUGGUCCUUUGUUAUUCCUACGCGUUUAGGUUGCUCCGAAGGUUAAUCCUAACCUAUUUUAAUCUACAUACAAAAUUGAAGUAAAUUGAAGUUAAACAUGUCACAUUGCGAUACCGAUAAUAACGGUAUGCACAACAUGUUGGACGAGAUUAUUGACCUGGAAAAUUGUAGAAAAUUAGUCAAAUCGUAUAUCGAUUUGCACCUGUAUAGUGCCGCCUUGUUUUGGGCUGACAAAGUGGUAUCUCUGAGUAACGAGGACCCAAAAGAUAUAUGCACUCUCGCACAAUGUAUGUACCUUAUGAAACAGUAUCAUCGUGCUGCGCAUCUUAUAAAAAGAUAUGGAUUACAGAAACGUGAUGUAAUGUGUCAUUACUUAACCGUGAGGUGUCUGCUAGAAGCAAAGGAAUAUAACGAUGCACUUCAAGUUAUUAAUGAAUCUGAAAUAUGCACAAACAUAACGCAAGCAGGUAUUACCUUUCCUGAUCGCAUGGACAUUUUCCACGAUGCUCCAAAAAAUGUUCAGAGUUCAAUAUUAUAUGUGAAAGGAAGAGUAUAUGAAGCUAUGGAUAAUAGAGCGGUUGCGACAGAGUGUUAUAAGCAAGCCUUACAAUGCGAUGUUUAUUCAUAUGAAGCAUUUGAAGCUUUGGUACAAAAUCAGAUGCUUUCGGCUUCUGAAGAGCGGGAACUAUUAGAAUCCUUACCAUUUGCUGAACAAUGUACAGAAGGCGAAGCAGAACUCUUGCGACUGUUAUACGAUAGCAAACUAAAGAAAUAUCAAGACCCGAACAGAAAGCAGUCAUUAAGUAAAUGUAACGUAAUGGGCAUUUGUCUCACUAAUAGAUUAGCAAAUAAUUUGGACAUGGAAGUCGCGAAAGCUGAGAAAUUAUAUUACAAUUGUGACUAUCAUCAAUGUUUUUCUCUUACGGAGAAAAUCUUGAAAAAAGAUCCAUAUCACAAUUCCUGUCUUCCAGUGCACAUUGCCUGUUUAGUUGAACUUAAGAAAACUAAUGCUCUGUUUUAUCUGGCGCAUAGAUUAGUUGAUUUAUAUCCGGAAAUGGCCUUAGCAUGGUUUGCGGUUGGAUGUUAUUACUACACCAUAGGCAAAAGCGACCAAGCAAGAAGAUACUUGGCAAAGGCUACUGUCUUGGACAGAUUGUUUGGUCCUGCUUGGUUAGCAUACGGACAUUCCUUUGCAGUUGAAAAUGAACAUGAUCAAGCUAUGGCUGCUUAUUUUAAAGCGUCACAAUUAAUGAAAGGUUGUCAUCUUCCACUUUUAUAUAUCGGAUUAGAAUGCGGUUUGACGAAUAAUCUGAAGCUGGCUGACAAGUUCUUUCAACAAGCUCAAGGAAUAGCACCAAACGAUCCAUUUGUGAUACACGAAAUGGGUGUUAUAUGCUUUUAUAAUUUAGAUUACAAAAAUGCAGAACGAUUAUUUAAGGAAGCUAUGAAAAGCAUUCAAGGCGACCUAAGGAAUGUGAUUCUGCCUAGUAAAUGGGAAGCCCUAUUGAAUAAUCUGGGCCACACUUGUAGAAAAAUGAAAAAAUAUGACGAGGCACUAGAAUAUCAUCAACAAGCGCUAGUCUUAGAUCCUCUAAACCCCUCGACUUAUUCGUCGAUCGGAUUUAUUCAUGCAUUAAUGGGUAAUAUUCAAGAGGCAGUGGAUGCUUUUCACAGAGCGCUCGGUCUUAGAAGAGACGAUACAUUUACCGCAACUAUGUUGGGUUACGUCAUGCAACAGCUGAUUGAUGAGGCACCCCCAUAUCCUGAUGCACCUACGGAGAUACCGAAAUAUAAAUCUGUAGAGAAUGAAACCAGAUUGCCUGAGGAUAGUGAAGUUAGACUGUCUGUGGAAAAUCCUAGCAACGUGGGCAGCUCGAGCGAUCAAAAUAUCGAUAAAUUAAGAGUAAAUCUAUUCUCUGGGAGCUGGGGGGAGAAUUCCGGCAAAGGGGAAGCCAGUACACUGGAAGCCAGUAAGCUGACAGAGCAACAAACGCGAGAUGUAUUAGUAGUUAAUUACUCGAACGGCGAUAGUUCCGAAGUUGAAAUGUUAGAUUCUUCGACUGCACAUAUAGAAUAUAAUUAAGCAAAAUUUUUUUUAUCACAAUAAAAGUAACAGUGAUUUUCUCAUAUUAAA